AUGUCAACGACGACGACUGCUGCUGGUGCUUCCGGCAAGCGCAAGCUCUCCAAAGGCAAGGACCGAGCGUUCGGACCCGAUGACGACUCGGACGAUGAUGCGCUUCUCCUCGACGAGGACGAGGACGAGGACGAGGAUGAGGACAUGAUCGCUGCAGCCGACGACGACGAAGAUGACGACAGUGAGCUCGAUCCUGGCUCCGGAUCGGGGUGGGCUGUGACGGGGAAGAGGAAGCGCAAGUGGGCGAGCAGGACCGAUCGUUCGUUGGUCGAAGCGAGCACAGGUGGGAUCAAGAUUGUCGGUGGGGGGAUCGGCGAUCCACUUCGUGCUGCUGGAGCAGGAGGAGGGCGAGGAGGGAGGUCCGGAGGGAGGUCCGGCAAGAGUAAGAACAAGAAGGGCAGGGGCAGGGCUUGGGAGGGGGAGUUCGAACAUACUUGGGAUAACGUACAGGAGGAUGAGAGAGGGACGUUGGAAGGGGCCGUGUCGGGGGCUUUGUUGGGUACGAAGAACAGGAGGUCAGUUCAUCCUUGCCCGGGGGGUGGGGUGGGGUGAUUUGUCGUCGAUCGAGUGCAGAGGAGGCGCUGAUCAUCCGUGGAAAGGACUUGAACAGGAUCUUGAGGGAUACCGCAUCGAUCCAAAGGGGCAUCAUUCGACAUGUGUACCUUGUCAUCGACCUCAGUGCGGCCAUGCUCGAACGCGAGUUCAAGUCGAGCUGGCUCGAUCUCGCGCUGCAAUACGCGAGGGUCAGUCCUCAGCUCUGAGAACGGGCCAAGAAGGCCCGAUCGGAUUGAAUCAACGUAUUCAUAACUGACUCGAUCCUGUCUUGAUCUCGGCAGGAAUUUAUUUCCGAGUUCUUUGAUCAGAACCCGAUAUCCCAGAUGGCGGUAUUGGUCACUAGGGACGGAGCAGCCGAACGGUUGUCUCCCCUCGGAGGUGGGUCCGAUCAAGCAGAUCAUCACCUCACCUCACCUCGAACGAACACUCGAGCCGAUUUCCACCUUCGCAUCAUUCAGGCAACCCCGUCGAUCAUCUGAAAGCCCUGCAAAACAAAAAGAAGCUCGAAGCACGCGGCGAUCCGAGUCUGCAAAAUGUGCUCAAGAUGGCACAGUCGGGAUUGAGGUACGCAUUCUCCGGGUUCGUGUCGUUCCUUUGAUCAAAACCUGAUCACUCUGUUUCAUCUACCUCCUAGCCAUCUACCCCCGCACGGAUCUCGAGAAGUCAUCAUCAUCCUCGGGUCCUUGACCACCUGCGAUCCGGGCAACAUCCACACCACGAUCAAAGACGUCGAAAAGGACCGGUGCGUUCGGGGGACCUGGUCGACGUACUCCUGUAUGAUUGCAUGAGAGCUGAUCUCAAUCGCCGAUCGUUCCACAGCAUCCGUGUCAACAUCAUUGGCCUUGCGGCCGAAAUGAAGAUUUGUCGCGAUAUCGCCACCCGCACCAAAGGUGGGUCCUGCUCGCCCGUCACCUGGCUCUCGCGGCACAGAUUUGAUGUGACUAAGCACAUGGACUCCCACAGGGACCUACAACGUCGCUCGAGACGAUCUUUACCUACGCGAGUUGCUCUUUGAAUUCGUCUCACCCCCCGCAACACUCGCGCCUUCGAAAUCGCACGUACUCGGAGGUCCUUCAGCAUCAGCUCCCAGCUCGUCCGCCGAUCUGAUGCAAAUGGGGUUCCCUCAACUCAUCCAAGCUCCCUAUCCGGGGUUAUGCUCCUGUCACCUCAAGCUCAAGAACUCGGGAUAUAAUUGCCCGAGAUGCAAGAGUCGUAUUUGUGAUGUGCCGACUGAGUGUAGGGUCUGUGGAUUGACGGUCGUCAAUGCGCCGCAGUUGGCGAGAAGUUAUAGGCAUUUGUUCCCGGUGAGUUCAAUUCUGUGUCCCGUGAGUAUGCGACUGUGUACUGAUGCUUGAUACAUGGCGACAGGUGGCGAACUACGAGAUCGUAUCCGAGUGAGUGAGCUCGAACCCAAACUAAUUACCCUGCGCGCCGCACGCUAAUACCCCUACCCCUCACCUUCUUAGACCGUCCUCAGCCUACCCCUUGUCAUGCAAAGCGUGCUCACACCCCUUCCCCACCACAGCGAUCAAAUCGUCCCUGACCUCAGUCGACAUCUCCCCUUUGGGUCGGUACUCGUGCGCUACGUGCGAGAACCAUUUCUGCCUCGAUUGCGACAAGUUGGUGCAUGAUGCUUUGGGUUUUUGUCCGGGGUGUUGCUGA